AUGGGAUCUGAUGCUGGAGACUGGUGUCUUAUCGAGAGCGAUCCCGGUGUUUUUACUGAAUUAAUUAAUGGCAUAGGCGUUCAAGGUGUUCAGAUUGAAGAGCUUUAUUCGAUUGACGAUGAGGAACAUCUUGACAAAUUAAAGCCAAUUUAUGGUUUAAUCUUUCUUUUCAAAUGGCGACAAGGUGAAGAAGUAGAAGGUACUCUUCAACCUGAUGCUCCUGUCUAUUUUGCCAAACAGGUCAUUACGAAUGCAUGUGCUUCACAGGCAAUCAUCAAUUUACUUCUAAAUAUUGAUUCAAAUGAUGUUAGUUUGGGGAAUACACUGGAAAACUUUAAAAAUUUUACUCAAAAUUUUGACGCUGGAUUACGUGGUCUUACUUUAAGCAACAGCGAAGAAAUCCGAAAAUUGCAUAAUUCGUUCAGUCGGGAACAUUUUAUGGAGAUGGAUUUGCCAAAGAUAAAAAGUGAAGACAAUUUUCAUUUUAUUGCUUAUGUACCUGUUGAGGAUAAAAUUUAUGAAUUGGAUGGAUUACGUGAUGCUCCUAUUUUUUUGGCGGAUAUUAAUAAAGAGGAGGGCAAUGAUUCAGAUAAUUGGAUUGAUAUUGUUCGUCCAUUCAUUAAAAGACGAAUUGAGAAAUAUACUGCUGGUGAGAUUCAUUUUAAUUUAAUGGCGUUAGUUCCUAAUUUGCGUUCCAAAUAUGAACAGCGAAUAGCUGAGCUUAGCACGAUGGAAAUGGAUUCUGCUGAAGUUGGACUGGAAAUUAGUCAAUUACAAAAUUUAAUUGAAGAUGAAAAGGAUAAAAUGAAACGUUACAAAAUUGAGAAUAAUCGUCGUCGCCACAAUUAUAUGCCGUUUUUAAUUGAAUUAUUAAAAUGUUUGGCUAAAGAAGGCAAAUUGGUUGAUUUGGUUUGUGAAGCACAAGAGAAAAAGAAAAAAUCUGCGACUUCUCCAACCAAGAAAGUGGUGAAAUAAUUAAAUAUGUAUAUGCACAAUAUUUGUUAAAAUUAAAUUCUUUUCUGAUUUAAAAGUAAUUUCUAAAAAAUUAAAGAAAAAAUCAUUUUUCAAUAUUUUUUAUUGACAUCGUUUAAAUAAACUCGUUUUAACCUAAUUUGUUUUUUAUUUAAAUGUUUUUAUCUGAAAUGUAGUACUUGAUUUUUAUUUUUUCUCACUAUUUUGACCGGUGCAACAAUGUGUAUUGCUCGGUUUUGGUUUCAUAUUUGGCAAUUUAUUUUGUGCUAAUAAGGCACCAUUGUUUGCUGUAAGUGCGAAUUUAGCAGAGUAGCCCCGAUUUCUCGUAAUUGAUAAUACAAAAAUUUUAAUUUUUAAAUUAAUUGUUAUUUUUAAUUUAGUAUUUUUCAGCAA